AUGAACGCUCAUUUACUAGAAUACUUAGUAUUAUCGGCACCAAAGUUUAUUUUUUCCUUGAGGAAAAAUAGUAAUCAAAUAUAUAUAAGGACACAUAAAUACUAUGUAUUGAUGUUAAGUUAUUUUUUGUAUAAAGAUAUAAAUUUACAAUUAAAGUCAUUAAUAGAUUUCACAAGUGUCGAUUAUAUAUUGAAAAAGAAGAGAUUUAAUUUAAUAUAUCACUUAAUUUCAAUAAUUUACCAUUAUCGUAUUUUCAUGAAGUAUUUUCUAUCAGAUCUAGAAAGUACCUAUUCAUUAUGCUAUAUGUAUCCCAAUAUAUCUUGGUACGAGAGGGAAUGUUGGGAUUUUUUUGGAAUCUUUUUUAUAAAUAACUUAAAUCUAAGGAGAUUAUUGUUAGAUUAUGGUUUCGUAGGACACCCAUUGAGAAAAGAUUUCCCAUUAACAGGAUUUGUAGAAUUAGUCUAUAGCAAUUUUUAUCUUAGUGUAAUUCAGAAAAAAGUAAACCUUAGCCAGUCGUUUAGAAAAUAUGAAACAGGGACAGUUUGGUCCUUACAUUAG